AUCAGCGGGCACCGCAAACUGCCCGAGAUUUCAAAAGGAAGACGAAGAAGAAAAUGUACCGAAGAACACCCGAAGUGGUACCGAAAAACACCCGAAGGCGCCUCCGCCAUAAAAAUGUGUGGAGAAAAUAAAAUUCUCUCAAAAAGUUUCCCGAAAAAAGUGUGAAAAUCAGGAAUUUCCUUGAAAAUUUGUGGGCAAGAGAAAAGUGUUUGAUUUAGCAAUGUUUAGUGGUGCCAUAAGUGGAUGGAAUUUAUUUGUAAUAUUUGAGAUUGGGAUAGUUUUCGUGGUUCUAACCUACAAACUCAGGAAGAAAUUUCCAGCGAGAGUGAAUUGCUGGUUUUGCAAUACAAACACCAGUGUACCGUAUUUGCUGAGAAAUUCGUGGACUUGUGAGAAAUGUGACCAAUACAAUGGCUUCAGUCCGGAUGGGGGCUACAAUCGGGAUGUUCCAGCGCAGUACUGCACAAAGUUGAAUUGGAGCCCAAUUAGGGGGCGCAGAGGGGGCUCCGUGAAGUCAUCCGCCCUCUCAUCCGUUCAGAGCUCCCCAUCUAAUGGCCUCUGCGAUAUCUGCAAUCGCAAUCAAUGCCUCAAAGUGCAGCAAUUGGCCUCCUUUGUGCCCCAGAAUGAACGAACAUUCAACGAGGAAGUUGAGGUGUACCGGAAGCACCUCGAUGAAGCCUACGCUCUGUGCAGGGAUUGCGAAGGAGUCCUCCGGAGGCAGCUAAAUCGCGUCAAGAGGAAGGUUCUGGGACUAAAAUUGACCAAAGCUGCCCUCAUUCUCGCAUCGAAAACCCCCAUCGUCAGCACGGGAGAUAAAAAUUCGUCUCCGCUGUACAGCAUUGCCACCCACACUGCCGUUGCACUGGGAGGAUUAAAUUUCAUCCGAGUGUGUCAAAAUGUGAAAUUCAGCGAAAUUCUUCCUGCACUGAAUCUCCCAGCAUUGGCAAUUGAGUACACCGAGAGCCUCUUCCUCCACUUUGCCGCAGUUCUCAGCAUCUUCACGGCCAUUGGGAAGUACUUCAUCAGCACUUUGGGCCUCUCCGGGCACCUCCUCACGCCCCUCUUUGCAAUCUUCAAUCCAACAAAUACUCCCGAUGCUGAUGCAGCUCUCGAAGAUUUCUUUGCUGACAUCUCCACUCUCCACCUCAUGGGGGUCGCAAUUUCCCUCUGGAUUCUCUGGCAGAGUGAUUCGGGGAAUCAAAAUAAGGCUAUUGUGAUGUUCCUGGCAUGGAGUGCAAGUAUGUGUGAUACGUUCAUUGAGGAAAAAUCCAUCCUCAUCGAUGGGAUCUUUUUGUUCCUUUCAGCGGUAACAUUCAUUGCAUCUUUUUGCAAUCUAAACGACAGCGCGGGUAGUUCGCGCAAUAUUGUUGACAUGGGAAAGACUUUUCAUCGCUUAUAUGCGGACUGUAGUGAUUCGGAAGAAGAUGAGACAACUGGUGAUUCAGAGGAAUUGGAAAGGAGUACUGUGAUGAGUCGUGAGAAUGGGAUAAAGUAUCCCCUGCGGAAGUUUAUGGCUAAUUAUCAUUCAGCUUCCGUAUCGCCAAAGCAGCAGCAACAGCGUAGCCCAGAGAGUCUCAAUGAGACUUCUUAUCACACGGUUAAUGGGAGUUUUGGGCGGAAUUUUGGGGAAAUUGAUGGACGCAUGAGUAGGAAUAGUGUUUAUUCACAGCGAAGUCCCCACAGAUUUGGGGAUUGUACGCUAAAGCCAGCGCAUUCACAGGGGAAUCUCUCUGUGCUCAAUGAUACGUUUUACAGCUUUGACAAUAGAAGUCAAUUCAGUGAGAUGAAUUCGACUCUCUGUGAUUUCCGGACGGUACGUGCGCUGCCAACGGAGGAAUUUAAUUCGGCCAUUGGGAAGUUGCGAAUUGAUGACACGGCUGGUGGGAGUGGUGUCAUGAUGCCCAAUGCUAGUGAGAAUUUGUGGCAACGGACAAGCCCUCAGCCGAGAGUGUCAAAUUUCAUCUUAGCCCAUGCGAAGGUUUCCCCAAAGAGUGGUGGACAGAAUUCCUGGGUUGCUGGUGGCUUCUGGAGUGGAUCACCGGUUAAAAAGCCCCUCAUACGGAGUCAUUUCCUCAAUACUGCCGCCGCCCCGCUUGAGGACUUUGAGCAAAUGGAAACGCGCUCAUCGUCCCUUUCGUCGGGAUUUGAGUCGAGACCGAGUUCCGUGCACGACACCAUUGGAACGCAGAAUAAUUCACGCGAAAGUUCCGUCUGUGGGGAUCCGGAAGUGACGUUUGCCUUCUCGGAGCCACUCCCGCAGAGAAAUUUCAACUGCAACGGCAUUGGGAAGAUCCUCAAUGGCAGCAAGAAGAACGAUCGCCCAAUGCCGGUGUUUCCCAUCAUCAACUCCACCACUCAGACGUUCAUUCAUCCCUCGAAAUUUGAUAGGAAUUAACAACAAACUUAUAUAAUUUAUAAUCAUAAAACUGCCACAUUUUUUGUUAUUUUUUCUUUCUUUUUGAAAUUAUUAUGGACUUUUGGAUUUAUCUUUGAUGGGGGCUCCCUCCCCCCUUUAUUAAUGUAAAUAAUAACUAUGACUUUAUUUAGCUAAAAAAAAUAAAAGAAAUAAGAAGAAAUGUUUUCUGUGAAGUAAAUCAAAUAAAGAACGAAUUUAUUAAA